CAUCGUCUGACCCCUCUCCCUCGCUGUAUAAAGGGGACCGGCUGCCAGUGGCGUGACUUGCUCCUGUCCUGUCCCUCUACCACAGUGUACCUGUGAUACUGUCAAGAACCUCUCCACUCAUCAUCUCAAGACCAAUAUCAAUCUCAUAUCAACCUCAACCUCAAUAUCAAUAUCAAUAUCAAUCAGACCCCGGCGGUCCUUUCAACCACACGCAUCAUCAUCCCAUCCACCAGCAAACAUGUCCUCUGCCGUUGCCUCCCAAGCAGGCCAAAUCCUGCGCGAGAUCUUCAAGAUCCCCAGCCGGGCCCGUGAGCAAGUCGGGUCAAGCUGGCGCAGCCGAUUCUGGCAGGCUGCAGAGAAAUCUCGCAAAGAACUGCUCCUCACAUCGCUCAACAUCCACCGGCCAAUCUGGAUCGUGGGCACGGCCGGCACGUAUACCACCGCGUAUGCCGGGUAUCUGGCGAUAAAGUAUAUGAGGAGAAUGAGAGCGUAGGCGAGCUCCUCACUAUCUAAACUGUGUUGACAGUGUGGAGCGGGUGUAUUUCUGUUUAUUGUUCUCUUUGUUGGUGUUGUCUUGUGUUGUGUUUUCAUAUGGAAUAUUGAAGAUUCCCAUGCCUGGCCAAGUGCCCAGCCUGCUCUAUGCAUUCCCUCUAGUCCUAGAUGUCAACUCGACUGAGAAGAAUCGUCGGUCGCCUGUCGGUCGAUUAGCGAAUACAUACUUAAAUCAAAUAUACGUCCUACUGCUUG